GUCUCGUGAGCGGACCGAGACGCAGCGUCUUCAGGCGCUGCUUAGGACCUUGGAAGCCGAAGAGAAGCUUCCCGCGACGGUCUUUGUUUUCUCGCGCCGGCGAGUUGAAGCCUUAGCAGCUGACAUGCCGAAUUUGGAUGUCUGCACUGCUGGGGAGAGGUCGAAG